AUGGCAGCAUCCCUCCUCAGCACCGCACAGGCAGCCUGGGCGCUGCACCUCCUCCUCGCAGUAUUCUCCGCCGUCGCCAUCGCAUCCUGCGCCCCAGCAGCCGCAGGGGGCUCAGAGAUGUAUGCCGGAAGUCCCGGGGAUAUCCGUGGCGUCGUCGUCGUCCUUGGAUCGUCGGGCCUUAUAGGCGUGGCUAUACUACGCAUUGCAUAUAUCACGCUCCCAAAAACAUGGAGGCUGUAUCUGGAUCGCAUAGAAUUCAGUCUCAUUGCCAUGCUGUGGAUAUGCUGGACCUCCGCCACCAUGGCAUUCUCCGCAUUCACGCUUGAGCAAGGAGUAUGCUCCCCGACGCUACCCGAAGUCCUCUUCCCCACCUGCCCUCUCCUGACAUUCGACCUCUCCCUCCUUCACCUUUUAUCUCUCUGCACAUUCGCGCUCUUGCUCGUCAUACUCUCGAACGCGCUGUCGCCGGGGUAUUACGCGAGUUUGCUGGAGGAUGAGGAGGUUGCUGAAGCGGCGGGGGUGGGAAAGACUACUGGGGGGCAGGGAUUUGUAAUGUGGGAGCUCGCGGUGGGGUCGGAGACGGGUUCUCCAAUCCUCGGACCGAGUAGAGCAGAAGACAGACCGAAUACUGCCUCAACAUCAGUCUCUUACGGCACCCUAUCCCCUACAACUGCUCUUCGCAAUCCUUACGCACCAGAACACGCGGAAGCGCAAGAUACAUCAGACCCUCUUUUUCCCGCACCAACCAAGAGAGACAAAUUCCCCGAGGGCAGGCUGUGGACAUACCUUCCGAUGGCCUUGUGUUCGAUAGGCGUGGCAUUUGCGGGGGUGGUGGCGUUGAAUGUCGGGGUCAUGUCGUCGAGUGUCGUGUUUGUGCUUGUGAUUGCUAUCCUGAGCUUGAUUUUCUCCGCCGUCUGCAUCAAAGCACACUUUUCCCGAGAUCAAAAGCCUCUCGAUGGCGACUCUUUCAUCAGCCGCCGUCAAAUGCGAGCCAUAGAAGUGGCAGCGGCCUCGACCUUCUUCAUCCUUUGGCCCCUUGCUGCCAUCAUAUACACCCUCCAUCCUUCUACCCCAUAUCUUCCCUGCUCCAACCCUGCUUCGUCCGCCGUCCCCUCGCCCCGUGAAGACGCCGACCUGGAAGAGUCUGCGGCUCUGUGUACGGCGAGUGUAGUAGUCGUGACGCUAGCAUGGGCUGCAGGGUGGAUAGGGCUCAAACGGAUCAUGGGAUUGGUCUUUCCGUUGGCCGAUAUCAAGCCAUCUGUGGUUGGUGAUGCCGAAGGUGCAAGGGGGGCGGGUGAAGAAGCUGUCAGCCUCUUGAGUAAGAAGCGGACGCAGUCGAAUGAGAAUGAAAUCCGGCGGCCCCAGGUGGGCUGGGGAAGGAUCGUUGCAGGUGAAGCAUUUGAGCUUGGAGAAGACGAGGAUUGUGAAGUGAUACAACUGUAA